AAAAAUUAAAAUAAAGAACAACCGACUGCACCAGCAACAACAAAAAGCGCUAGGCAGCCGCCCGGCCGGCGGCGGGGCGGGCAGCGGAGCCGUCGGCGGGGCCGGCCGCGCAGCAUGGAGGAGGGCGGCCGGAGCCCCCGGGAGGAGGCGGCCGAGCCGCAGGAGUCCGGCGGCGACGCGGAGCCCGGCGGCGGCGGCGGCGGGAGACGGGGGCUGCUGCUUCCCCCCGGUGACCCCCCGCACCCCCACCCGCACCCGCACCGCAUCACCAACUUCUUCAUCGACAACAUCCUGCGGCCCGAGUUCGGGCGGAGGAAGGAGGCGGGCGGCCCCGGCGGAGAGCCCCGGCGGCCCGGCUCGGAGAACCGCCGCAGCCCCGCCGCGGCGCCGGCCCCCGGGGCUCCGCUCCCCGGCGGCGGGGCGGGCUCGCCGGGCCGGGGGGAGGGCGGCGGCCCCGCCGGGCUGGCCCUGCACGGAGCCGCCAAGAAGGGGGGGGACCCCGCGGCGCUGGAGGCGGCCCUGAAAGCGCGGGGGCUGAGCGGCGGCGACCUGUCGGUGAGCUCGGACUCGGAUAGCUCCCAGGCCAGCUCCAACGCCGGGAACCAGCCCAUGCUCUGGCCCGCCUGGGUUUACUGCACUCGGUACUCGGACCGGCCCUCCUCAGGUCCCCGCUCCCGCAAACCAAAGAAGAAGAACCCCAACAAGGAGGACAAGCGGCCCCGCACCGCCUUCACCGCCGAGCAGCUGCAGAGACUCAAGGCCGAGUUCCAGACGAACCGGUACCUGACGGAGCAGCGGCGGCAGAGCCUGGCCCAGGAGCUGGGGCUGAACGAAUCCCAGAUUAAAAUCUGGUUCCAGAACAAACGGGCCAAGAUCAAGAAGGCGACGGGCAGCAAGAACUCCCUGGCAGUGCACCUCAUGGCCCAGGGGCUCUACAACCACUCCACCACGGCGAAAGACGGCAAGUCGGACAGUGAAUAGCCAAGGGAAAAGGGGGGGGGGGGAGGAGGAAGGGAGGGGGGGUGGUAGGGGAGGGAGGGGGCCGUUUGCAGUCAAAGUUUAUACAAUGCAAUAAUUUAAUUAAAAAAAAAAUAAAAAGAAACAUAAGGGCCAGUGUAUAAAGAUUAUACCAGCAUUAAUAGUGAAAAUAUUGUGUAUUAGAUAUAAUUCUGCAAUAUUCUAUGUAUAUAUAAUUUACAGGUAAGGUGGUGUAAAAAUCCAAGAUAUCUGAUUAUAAAAUAUUUUUUUGAUUUUUUUGGUUUGGUUUGGUUUGGUUUCGGGGGUUUGGGCCGGGUGUUUGGUUGGUUGGUUUUUUUUCGGUUGUAUGGAGAUUUUAGACGCUAUCUUUAUGAUUUUUUUUUUUAAUGCUUAAGUUACAUUUUUAUCGACUUAAGCGCUGUUUUAAUGGACAUUGGACGCUGUUUUUUGAAAUUCAAAAAAAAAAAAAGAAUUAAAAACAACUUUUGCUGAAGUCCAAAGAUUUUUAUUGCUGCAUUUCACACGACUGUGAACUGAAUAAAUAGUUCUCCUAUUUGUUCUAUGAGUUUUACCUUUUUUUCCCCCCCCAUCCCUCCCCUUUUAAUUUUCUUUCUUUUUUCUUUCUUUCUUUCUUUUUUUUUCUUUUUUUUUUUUUUGGAGGGGGGGGAUGUGUGUGUCUGGGGCUGGCUUUGGGGCUAGAGGUGGAGAAUUUAAUUUAAAAAGAAAAAAAAAGUAUAUAUAUAAGUAACGAUAGGGAAAGAAAUCUCAAAGCACCGUCUUAAGACGUGUCCGGGGUCUUUUCCUGAGCCCCCACUCGCUCAUCACCCCCACCGAGACCCACGGGCGUGCGUGGAUGCGGGAUGCAGGCGUGGAUGAGGGAUGCAGGGGUGGGGUUAGCAUCCCCCCCCCUCCCCCCCAAGUUGUUGGGAAAACUUUGGGACCCCCAGCUCCGAAAGGUGGGAGUCGCUCCGGGAUGCGGCUCCAGCCGGCGGCCCCCACCCCCGUGGUGGGGGGGGAAGGGCGGCAGCGGGCCCCCGAUCGGGGUGGGGACCACGGGUUGUGGUCCAGCUCUGUUCCUGCACCACCUUCCCGAAGCAUUUGGGAGCGUUUUAACACCACCCCUCCC